AUGGGCGCCUUGCUAGAUGCGCGGGCAACCGAGUUUCCCAAACGGGAUCAAUUUGCAGGCCAUAGGAUCCUAAACCCGUACAUUUACGACCCGUCAUGCGUGCUAGCUAUUGUCGGCACAACCAUCAUCGUCCUGCUGUCCAUCUACUCAGUAACCCAGUACCUGCGGCACCGGUCAUGGUUCUUCUGGGCCGCCAUCAUCGGCAUCCUGAUGCUGGACCUCGGUUUCAUAUGCCGCACCGUGUCGUCGUACGAUGAGGGCAAAGAGUCUCCCUUCCUCGUCUCAUGGCUCAUGAUCCUGCUGGCCCCCAGCUUCCUCGCCGCAGCCUGCUACAUGUCGUUUGGCCGCGUCAUCUGGUUCAGCUGUCCAACCGAGGCACUCAACUUCAAGACGCUGUGGUGCUGGCCCGAAUGGAUCACCCCGACCUUCGUCGCCUUCGACAUGUUUUCAUUCCUCAUCCAGCUCAUCGGCGCAUCCCAGAUAAGCAGGCACUACGACAGAGCCCCCGACGGCGACCGCACCAUUAGCAUAUCCGAGCAAGCCGCACUACCAGGCCGCAUCAUCCUCGUCCUCGGCCUCGUACUCCAGAUGCUAUGCUUCGCCACCUUCUCAGUCGUCUCCAUCCGCUACUUCUACAUGUCAAGAAAGUGGUCAGCCUACGACCUCGGCGACAUGCACCUCUGGCGCAAACUCUCCUACACCAUCAACCUCUCCUCCAUCCUCAUCGCCCUGCGCGCCGUCUACCGCACCAUGGAAAUCCCCCACGACCGCAACUACGGCCUGCGCUACCUGCAGAGCCACGAAUGGUGCUUCUGGACCUUUGACGCUGCACCCAUAGUCCUUGUUUUACUCAUCUUUGCUAUAUGGCACCCCGGUCGCUAUCUGCCGCGGUCCUACACGGGACUCAGGCUCGACAAGGUCAGGGCUGUCAAGGAGAAGGAUGAAAUUUCAAUGUAUAGUGCGAGUACGUGUGGGCAGGAUACUGAACUCAAGGAGUAUAAGCCCGAGGACUUUCGCCAUGUUAGUGUUGCGGCAAAAGCUUAG